AUGGAAUGGAAAUUGUUAAUCCCACCUAAUAUAAAUGUGAUAUCAAAGCAGGUAAAAAGGGUGAAUGCGUUUUGGGAAACUCCAAAGAGGGGAUGGUACAAGCUCAAUUUUGAUGGGGCAGCGAAAGGUAAUCCCGGAUGGGCAGGCUAUGGAAGCAUAUUAAGAAAUGAAGAUGGAAUCAUUUUGGGAAGUAUAGGAGGCAAUAUGGGUGUAGCUACCAAUAAUGAGGUAGAAACUUUGGCUAUGGUUAGGGGUAUCAAAUUUUGUGUUGACCAAGGAUAUAGCAAGGUGGAAAUUGAAGGUGAGUCACAGAUAGUUAUUAAUGCAGUCAUAAAACAAAAAACACCAAAUUGGAAGUUACAUCAAUAUUUGGAUGACAUAAAACAAAAUUUAAAUCGAAUACAACAGUACAAGAUAACUCAUGUAUAUCGUGAAGCAAACAGAGCUAUGGAUCAGCUGGCAAAUGAAGGGAUCAUUGUGGGAAAAGGGGUAGAGGUAACAAAUUGGAUGGAUGGAAUGGAGAAAUUAACGAGAUUGUGA